AUCACAGAUCAGACUCAGAGUCAGAGCAGGUCUGGUGUUUCUGACCAUGUAACAUUUUGAUUCCGUCACAUCCAAAGACAGCAUGAAGCGUCCCUUCUCGUCUCUGGAGAUUUUCCUCAUCGUCGUUUCUUCCGUUCUUCUCAUCAGUUGUAUUGGGCUGAUUGUGGUUUCAUGGUUCAGCCUAAGGCCUGAAGAAGGUGCCGACCCAGCUGUGCUGACAGGUCAGAUGGUGAUCACGGACGGAGCUGUGUUCUCUGAAGAACUCACAGACUCCAGCAGUGUGCAAUUUAGGUCUCUGGCCUUUGAUGUGCAGCAGCUGCUGUCGACUGCGCUCAAUCACACCGAACUCAGGUGGCUCUACAGGUCCUGCCAAGUUCUGUACUUCAGUCAGGGGAGUGUGGCUGUGACCUUUGACCUCUUCUUUGAUCAAUUGAUCACUGUGGAAGAGGUGGAGCGACAGCUGGGGGUGGGGCUCCAAGAGGUUGUAGGUGGGACAUUGGUCAUAGACAAAAACAGCAUCACGGUCACAGAAAAAACUGAAUGGACAACAGUUGCUCCAGGGACCGUCACACCUACGACAGUGACAUGUCCUCCUGAGCAGCUGUCCUGUGCUGAUGGAUCGAAAUGUGUCCCAUUGGGUUGGCUUUGUGACGGAGUCAAUGACUGUCCUGAUGCGUCUGAUGAAGACAAUGCUCGCUGUGCUACACUAUGUGAUGGACAGUUUGUGCUGAAGGGCCCGAGUGGUUGGUUCAGUUCUUCAGCGAUUUCUGACACGUACAAUAGCAGCAGCUUCUGUCGCUGGAUCAUCAGGGUUGAUGAAGGACUUUCAGUCAAGGUCAGCUUCUAUCAGUUUGAGACAGAAGAAGACCUUGACUCUGUGAAAAUUUAUGAGGGAGUUGGACCAAACAAAGUGCUGACAGCUGAGUUUUCUGGGUUCCUCUCACCUGGGACCGUGUGGCUGCUGACCCAUCAAUCAACUGUGCAGUUCACCACUAAUGACGUCCACAACCUGUUAGGGUUCAACGCUACCUACAGCGCCACCAACACUUCCUGCCUCUCUAAUGAGGAGAAGCUGACCUGCACCUUUGAGCAAGGCAUGUGCUUCUGGAGACAGGAUCAGGAUCCAUACACUGCUGACUGGAUUCGAGUCAGUGGCCCCACCUUUCCCCCACUGACGGGGCCAAGUGUUGACCACACACUGGGCAACAUUUCUGGUUUCUACAUGGUCACUCCUCCGAGCCCUGGCCAGCAGCUGAGGAGCUUCACCAUCCACAGCGUUCCUCUGACUCCGGCCACACAACUCAUGUGUCUGAGCUUCUGGUUUCACAUGUUUGGAGAAAACAUCCAUCGCCUCCGGGUCCUUGUCCUAGUCGGGUCAGACUUCACUGUGCUGUUCCAGAAAGACGGUAACUAUGGUGACAACUGGAACUAUGGCCAGGUGACCCUUAACCUGACGACCACAGCUAUGGUGUUGUUUGAAGCUCUUAAGAAAGAAGGGAGGCUGAAUGAUAUCGCUCUGGAUGACAUCGCAUUGACAUCUGGUCCUUGCGGCCCCUCCCCCUCCACGCCCACAAACGUACCACCUCCAGCAACUACACCUCCAAUCCCAGGUGACUGUGGAGGACCCUUUGACCUCUGGCAGCCAAACUCUACCUUCAGCUCCCCUAACUACCCUGGUUACUAUGGGAACAAGGCUCAGUGUCUCUGGACUCUUCAUACCUUGGAGGGUGAAAACAUCCAACUCCACUUCCUGGACUUGGACACUGAAGCAACCAGCGACCUGGUGGAGGUGCGAGAUGGGGCGGGGCCUAACUCCAUCUUAUUAGCUAUACUCACAGGCAGCAGUAUCCCUCCACAUGAUCUGUUCUCAACAACCAAUCAGAUGCAAGUGUGGCUUUAUACGGACGCCUCAGUUCAGGGACGUGGCUUCAGGGCCAACUUCACCUCAGGGAUUAACCUGGGCUCACCAAUUCCGUGUGAAGCCAGUCAGUUCCAGUGCCAGACAGAAAGCUGUAUCCAUGGUAACAGUCAGUGUGAUGGAAGGGCCGACUGUCCCGACGGCUCUGAUGAGGCAGACUGCGUUGUGUUGCAGGUGAAUGGUUCCAGUCGUCUUCAAGUCAAAAUUGUCUCCUCUCUGUUCAUGGUGUGUGGCGACACCUGGAACUCUUACCUGUCUGACUUUACCUGUCGUUACCUGGGAUACAGGUCGGGGGUGACCUCACUCCUGCCAGCUCUGCCACAAGACUCCCCGUUUGCAACCAUCAGUGUCACUAGUGAUGGAAAACUCGAAACCAGUGUCAGUGAAACCUGUGUCACAGACAAAGUCAUUUCGCUGAGCUGCAACAACCAGCCCUGUGGAUUUCGUCAAGUGACUUAUGAGGCAACAGAACUCAAAGGAUCAGGAAGGAGCCGACAUUCUCAGGUAGGUGAGACUUGGGUGGUUGGCGGGGUUGAUGCAGCAAAGGGGGCGUGGCCAUGGAUUGUGUCACUGCACUGGAGGGGAAAGCACGUGUGUGGAGCCUCGCUGAUCGACAGUGACUGGCUGUUGACCGCUGCUCACUGCGUCUAUGGAAAGAACUUGCACCUCCAGCUGUGGUCUGCUGUUUUCGGACUUCAUGCACAGGGUGACAUCAGUGCUGCAGGAGUUCAGACCCGACAGGUCGAUCGCAUCGUCAUCAACACAAACUACAAUCGACGAACCAAACAAGCAGACAUUGCCAUGAUGCACCUGCAGCAGCCACUCAAUUUUACCCGGUUUAUCCAGCCACUUUGUUUGUCCGAAGGCUUCAAUGUCACAGCAGGAAGAAAAUGUGUCAUUGCAGGCUGGGGAAGGGAAGCAGAGGACGGUGUUCUCCCUGAUGUUCUUCAAGAGGCUGAGCUUCCUUUGGUAGCCAAGGAUCGAUGUCAGGAGGCUUUACCUGAGUACACCAUCACCUCCAGCAUGGUGUGCGCCGGCUAUGCUGAGGGGGGCAUCGACUCCUGUCAGGGCGACUCAGGAGGGCCACUCAUGUGUCUGGAUGAUGGACGCUGGACUCAAAUCGGUGUGACCUCGUUUGGGAUUGGCUGUGGGCGUCCUCAGAAACCUGGAGUCUAUGCACGAGUGUCUGCCUUCAGCUCCUGGAUUGCCCAGAUCAGACGUUCGUUCUCAUCAUCGUCAUCUUCAUCUCUGUGAACCAAUCCA